AUGAGGGAGUCGAUUUUCACUGGGAAGAUUCCUAUAUCCUGCCAAAACGAAGAGAUUCCGUGGCAGAUGAAGUGUGACAUUGUGCGUUCGGACGACGAAGUUGAAAUCAGGCUUAUUGAUACAAGAGACAUCUUUACAUUCUACUUCAGUACUAUAUCUCCAGGUGAUUUCUACGUGAUGAAGAGGGAGCAGGACAUUAUUGUUGACUAUGAGAAGUUUGUGUCAAUUCUUGUGAAAAUGUUUCAUAGCUUACAUAGUGGAAAGCUAAGGGGGCUGUUUUCAAAGGAAACAAGCAAGUUUCUGUUUGUCGAAAAGGACGAGUUUAGAAAUAUAGUAAGGCUAGAGCUGAAGUUUUCAAAGCCGGAUGAAACUCAUUACAAGAUGUAUCUGGGGGACAUGAUAGGACGGAUGGAAGCAGACAAUGUGAGACUCAUCAAGGAAAAUGGAAUGCUUCGGGACAAGUGCAAGAAUGGAGAGAAGGAACUAAGAGAUAGGAUUAGGUAUUUGGAGGAGGAAACAAUGGCAUCACAGAAAAAGAUGAAUAAGCUAUACAGGGAUAAUGAGGUGUUAAGUGAGAAGGGGAACUCUCAAAGGGAGGAGAUAGAGAGGUUAAACAGCAAGAUCUACGAUCUGGAGAAGGAGAAUGGAAGGUUGCAAUACGAGCUAGACAAGCUCAAAUUACAGGAUGUAAAGAAUUCGGGGCUUGUUGAGAGGGCCCAAAAGAUAGAGGAUGAAAACAAGAUGCUCAAAGAAGAGCUAAGUACAGCAAACGAGAUAAUAAGAAAAUACAAUGAUGAGAUUACUCAAAUGAAGAAUGCAAUAAAUGGAAAUGAAGAUGCAACUAAAGACCUCCGAUUGAACAACAAGAAAUACAAAUCUGAGAUUGAGGACCUCAAAAAGAGAGUGAAGGGGAUGGAGGAAAAGAUGAAAAAGAUAAAAGAGGAAUUGAAAGCAAAGGAGACGAGGUUGAAAGACCUUGAGACAGAAAAUAUGGGACUUGUAAAAAACCUUGAGAAUGCACAAAAUGUUUACAGCCAUUUCUAUAGCAAAAACAUUGAAAACCCCACAUCGAUAAACUACUCAGAUAAUGAGAGUAUUUUCUCUAUAGCUCCUGAGUCUUCACCCCACUAG